UGUGUCGCUGUACCCAUUCACAUACACAUAUGCUUGUGAGUGGGUUUGUUGUCACUAGUACAGUGAAGGCUAGGAGAGACAGGGGGUCUCGCUGUGGGGCGAUUGUUCUAGUCGUAGGUACACCUAACGGAUUAUAGCUGCGUGUUGAUGUGUUAGUCUAUUGGGAAUUACUAUUACUUGGAUUUAUUUAUACAGAUCAAGAACUCCUCCGUACCUGUUUGAAGACUUAGUGUCAGUUACCUUGUAAAGAUUUUGUGCACUGUUCCUGUGAUGGCGAUGGACCAUAACUAGCUGUAUCAUACACCCAAGUGUUCAACAAACCCAGAUACAAAUUAAAUAUGGCGGCUGGUGUAUUAAUCAGGGGCAGACAACUGCUGCAGUCGACAGAGAUUGAGUAUGGCAACCAACCCCCAAACACCACUAUCCUUGUUCCGGAGGGCUCAACGCUAUCACCACAUCUGUCCUGUGAUCACAUAGACUACCAUUAUGACAUCGCAAUCAGUGUCAUCUGUUCCAUGUGUUUCGUAUUUGGAAUUAUUUACACAUUCUUUGGGUACCGGUUCUUCAAAGCCAUUAUGUUUCUGACUGGGUUUAUAUUCAGUGCUGUGCUAGUGUAUGUGUUAUUAACAGAACACAAAGUGUUGCCGUUAUUAGGAAACAUCGGGGUGGCUGUCGGAGCUGGAAUUAUAUGUGGUAUCAUCACAAUGCUAGUACAAUAUGUGGGCCUGUUCCUUACAGGGUUUCACCUCGGAGUGUCUGUCAGCAUCGGAGCUCUAAUAGUCAUGGAGCUGUUCUAUCACCCAGAAUCAAUCUGGAUUCCUAUUGGUAUUUUAUCUGGGCUUGGAUUACUUUUCGCAAUUUUGACCUUGAAAUUUCAAAAGACCUUCACGAUACUGGGAACUAGUGUUUUCGGAGGUGCUUUGAUGGUGGCAUGCCUGGACUACUUUAUUGAGAAGUUCAUGAUUCUGACAUUUUCGUGGGAGCGUGUGAAGGGAGCUUACUCUGAACCGAUCUGUUGGUACAGUUGGGUGAUCCUGGGUUGUUGGCCAUUCUGUUUUGUGGUUGGAAGUAUAACACAGUGGAAAAUCACAGGGCAAGGAUACGACCACAGAGAAGCUGUACAGAAUCGGCGAAUGAAAAAGGUGAAUCUCCAGAGAGUUAGACAACGUCAGAAAUAUGACAACCAACAUUCUCGUUACCGACACCUGUAUCAGGCUCGUAGACUCACAGGCGACGUCAUAUCACAGGGUUACCUGACGUCAGAACAUCAGAAACUGUCUCCAUCCACAAAGCACCAGACCAUCAUUCCUACAGAACACACGCCAGAGCUGGAGAGUACAAACACCACGCUGACACAGAUUCCUUGAGAGCACCUGCUUCCCUGGUCCUAAGCAUUCCUCUCCACAGUGCCAAGGACAAGGGAAGGAGGCACUCAACUCUUUAUAUAUCUCAACUCUGGGUAUCUGCUUCCAGCAUUCCUUGGUUUUAUAAUACAGCCAAAUCAUCAGGCUCACUUAAAUGUUUUACAUCUGCUUCAAGUGUUCUAAAUAAACCAUCAGGAUCACCUUUCCAUUUUACAUGUAUACGAUCAUCUAUAUAUUAUGUGUAAAAUGUGUCAUGAUCAUCUGUAUGUUUACAUAUUAUUCAUCAAGGUCAUCUGUAUGUUCACAUAUAAUUCAUCAAGGUCAUCUGUAUGUUUUACAUGUAACUCAUGGUGAUGACUGGUACACAGGUUUUUAGGCUAUCAACUUUCAUGCAACUUAGAUGUGUGAAACAGUGCAAAACUUUAUUAUACAGGAUCAUAACAUGUAUUGUAUUUCUAAUUAUUUACCUUUUUAUUCUUAUUAGAUCUCUUUACUUGUUGAAUUCCUUUAUCUUAAAAACAGGGUUUCUUUUAAACAAACUUCAUAUCAAAUUGUUCUCAGACCUAGGAUCUAUGUAUAGUUGGUGUGAUUAUGUCUAUAUACAUGGAGUCAGAAAUGUUUUUUUGUGGUAUGGAGUAAAGAAAUCUCUGGACUCUAAAGGGUACCUUGCAUAUACAGUGUUUAAUAAGCCGAUAUAUCCUAAUGCAAGUUAAAGAAUCAGUAUUACAUUAUUUGUUUCUUAAAAAGUAAUGAAAUAUGAUAUUCACAUUCAAGCUAAGAUAUCUAAUUAUAAUAGUAAAGAAACUUCUUUGUUAUAUAAACUUUAUGAUGUUUAAUGUCCUGAGUAACAAAAUAUGUCAAACAAACAAAUUAAGAAAAUGUCACUUGAAAGUCUGUUCUAAUAAGCAUGGAUCUUUAAGGCUUGAUCACUGUCCAGUAUAUACGGGGUACAGUGGUCCAAUGUGGAUCAUCACUGUCCAGUAUAUACAGGGUACAGUGGUCCAAUGUGGAUCAUCACUGUCCAGUAUAUACAGGGUACAGUGGUCCUCUGUGGAUCAUCACUGUCCAGUAUAUACGGGGUACAGUGGUCCAAUGUGGAUCAUCACUGUCCAGUAUAUACGGGGUACAGUGGUCCUAUGUGGAUCACUGAUACUGUUUAAUACCAAGUUUUAUGCUUUCCUACACAAUGCAACUGUUAUGAAUGACAGUGUUAAAAUUAACACAAUAAAAACUAUUUAUACCCAUGCCAUUAUUUAAGAGAAGUUUGAUCUAUAAGGGAAUUCUGAGGGAAAAGAUAAAGAGACCUUGAAAUAUGUUGGCGCUAAGUGAGGUUGAAAGUGGAAAGAGGGGUAUUAUAUUCAGGUUUUAUUGUGUUUUAUUUGAAUCAUACACAUAUGUAACAAACAACUUGAGAUUUACAAGUGUCUUUGUUUGGAGCUUUUCUUUAAGAAUUGUGUCACAAUAAGGCCACAUACCCCCUUAAGGUAUUUUGUCUUUCUAGGUUUGUGCAAUAAAGUUGAUCAGUUGUAUUAUCUCUGUACUACUUUGCUUCAGCCUUUUGGUUUGGUUGUUUGAUUGAAGAUUUCUGAAGAUGCUAUCAAUAAAACCCAUUACAAAAUGCAGUUACAAUUUGUAAGUAAAAUUUCAGUUUAUACUAAAUUUAUUUGAAAGGAUAUAAAGACAGCAAUUUUGUUUUUUGAAACUGAUUCAAAUAUAUCUAUUUUUUAGCAUAAUGUGCAAAAACAUUUGCAAUACAUGUACUCUGUCAAUCAUUCAAGUUUUGAAUUUACUUGAAGCUUUACCUUGCAAAAUAUUAAUAGCGAAAUAUAGGAUAGAAAAAACAGGACGUAUGUAUAAUAGUCAUAUUGUUUUUACUGCCAGCUUUCAUUUUUGUACUCGAAUUACUUAGUGAUUUACUUUUAUAUUUUUCAGAUUUUUUCUCAUUUGCUUUCCUUUAUUGCAAUAGUUUGACUUUUAUCCAGUAAAUUAACUGUUUAAUAGAUCAUUAAACAGUUGCAAUUUUAUAAGAUCUCUUAAGUUCAUAUUUUUAUUGUCAUAAUAUCACAUUUUUUGUCCAUUUGGGUAUUGAAAUUAUUUGAUUUCUUACAUGAGAGUAAGAAACUCAUUAAAACAAAUGGUACAAUGUAAUGUGUUUAAAUACAUUUGGAUGAUUAUCAUCUUCUUUCUGUUCAUCUUCUUCCUGGUUAGAACUCGUCAAUUCUCUCACAUUAUUAUAUUUUCUUUUUGAAGUUGAUUGAAGAAAAUUUGGAUGCUUUUCCUUAAAAAAAUGAAAUUGGUUGAAUAUUCUUUGUACAUAUUGUAAUCGUAGCAUUGUGUGGCGUUUCCUAAAAGUGGUACUUGUACUUUUUCACCCCGACACAUUUAAACUGAACUUGCCCAGUCUUUGAUUUUGCAAAGUUCAAAUGUGACUUUAGGGGUGAAUGGGUUAGUGUGAGAACCAGAGCUGCUCUCUCAGUUUCAAGAAUUUUUGGUAGUGGUGGAAAGUGUUCAAAGGGAAAUAACUCUUCUAUGAGAAAAUAUCAUUUUUCAAAAUUUUAAUAUAAAAGAAAAAUUUCUUUUUUCUUAUUUCAGAAAUCUCUCAGUGAAGUUUAAAAUAUAUACAAAAAGGCAAUAUGGAAGUUGUUGGUCUGAUUGAUUUUUAUGCAGUGAAUUUUAGUGUUAAAAAGAGAGCCAAAAUCUCUUGAUGAAAAAUGUCCCCUCAAUAUUGUCUGUUCAGCCGUCAUACAUGUUGUCUGUGGAGGUGCACAACAGAGUGUUAUUCUGUGGUAUAGAGUCUAGAUUUAUUGAAAAUGUUAAAGAGAAUUAAUUUUAUAAAUGUAUAUUUAAAUACACAUGUAGACAGAAAUGUAAUGGCCAGUGAGAGAGAUUUGUGUUUAUAUGUCAGUAUGAAAGCACAGAAAGCAUCUCUAACUUAAGCAAGUUGCUGUUUUGUUUGUUAUGUAAAUAAAAUGUUUUCUGAAAUAC